AUGGAGGUGCAGUGUUACCUAUUUGUGUUGCUAGGAUCCACGCUUUUUGUGGACAAGAGUCGUGAUCGCCUUCGUCCUGCGAUCAACUUGUUUCUGAAGGAUCAUCGACGAUUGACUGAUUACGCUUGGGGAGAUGGUGCACUAGCCUAUCUCUACAGACAGUUGGGAGUGGCCACAUGA